AUGAAGAGAGCCAGAAGAGGCACCACGGACCACGCUGCCGGCCCCGCUGGCCGCCGCAGGAAAGUGGGCAGACCGAAAGGUAAGAGGAGGGUCAGCGACUCCAUUGACCUGCGAGACAAGGACCUGGCUCCCAGGAGAAAGGUACAGAGCCGGUACAGAGACCUCAUCAUCAACCUGCAGCUUCCACACCUGAGGGAAGUGUCUCCCGAUGCCCAGCUUCUCCUAAUGGCCACCAACCUGGGGAAGGAGAAAGCCACCCAAAUGUCUGCUGUUUGCACCGCUUUUGAUCCCAUCGCUAUGGCUAAGCAUCUUUUGUCCUUCAUGGAUCUCAACCGACUAGAAGACGAGCAGAACUGGGGCACAGCUCGAUGCUACCUGAACCUGGAUGCCUGGCACACAUUGGCCAGGAGAGCAGAGUGCUGUUUUAAGACCGCACCCACCUUCCACUACAUGAGGGGCUUGUUCCAUGCAGAACUUCCUCCUCCAAAGCAAAGGAGAUUGUGGCAAACUAAGGCUUCUACCAAAGAUGCCAAAAAGAUAAUGCCCACUCAGCUGGUGAAAAUAAAAGAGUCUAAUCAAGAGACCACCGAGGCAGAGGUGGAAAGGAUCUGGGGAUAUCUGAAGAGUUAUUACCAAGACGGUCCAAAAUCACCGCUAUCGUACUACGAGUUUGUCACUGACCCCAACUCCUUUUCCCAGACAAUAGAGACAACUUUCAACACGUCUUUUCUGAUCAGGGAUGGUUUUGCACGGAUAUAUCUGGAUGACGAAAUGCCUUGUAUCGCACCUGUAGAGGAGGGGGAGGAGAAGGCGGAAGCCGGAGGAUCCAACAGCUGUAACCAGUGCAUUAUCACCAUGAGUCCAAAGAUGUGGAGGGAGAUCAUCCAUGUCUUGGACAUCAAAGACGCAAUGAUUAAGCCUCCUAACACACAGAGUGCGGAUGGGGUGCUGUACAGAAGCAGCGUCGCAUCACUGCCUGUCGCUCUGAGCAGGGAGAGCGUGUGGGAGCAAUCAGAAGAGAUAACUGAGGCUUCUUCUCUCAAGGAAAGGCAGGGAGAGACAGACGGCUUCAGUGGUGGAGAAGGGCAGAGUCAGCUGGGGAAAGAAGCUGUGGAGAGCAGGGAACAGGGGUUGAGGAAGGGAGGAGCCGUGGAGAAGGGUGGGAGGCAGGUUGACACAUCCUUAAGUGUGCUAGAUUCAUUUGGACAAAAGCCUUUGGCGGUGUGA